AUGGUGUUGCCUUUCGGCUACUUUGAGCUCAUCCUCGCAGCAUUAUGCUACUACUGUCUCACUGGUUUCCGACAACGGCGCCGGAUAAUGACCGACUGGCCAUUUCUUGCUAUGCUUCCGGCGUUAGUUCGUAAUAUCAGCACGAUCCACGACCGUUGCGCCAAGGUUCUCAACCACACCGGCGGCACUUUCUUGUUCAAAGGUCCACGGUUCUUUCAGAUGAACAUGUUGGCCACCGUAGAUCCCGCCGAUAUCCACCAUAUCAUGAGCUCCAAUUUCUUGAAUUUCCCAAAAGGCGAAGAAUUCAAGGAGAUUUUUGAAAUUCUCGGAGACGGUAUUUUCAAUUCCGAUUACGAGUUGUGGCGGAGCCACCGGAAGCUAACCAGUGCUUUAAUUAAUAAUAUGAAGUUUCUACGGUUCGUGUCCAGGAUGAACACUGAAAAGGUGGCUAAGGGCUUGAUUCCUGUUCUUGAUUAUGUGGCCUCAAAAGGGGUUGUUGUGGACAUGCAAGAUGUGUUUCAAAGGCUUACCUUUGACACUACUUGCAUGUUCGUAACUGGAUACGACCCUGGCUGCUUAUCUGUUGAUUUCAAAGACGUGCCGUUCUCGAGGGCCAUGGACGAUGCCGAAGAAGCCAUUUUCGCACGUCACAUCAUUCCCAAAAGCGUGUGGAAGCUACAAAGGUGGUUGGGGAUUGGGAAGGAGAAGAAACUGAAGGAGGCUUCAGAAACCUUAGAUGAUGUGAUAGGGGGUCUCAUUUCAAGAAAAAGAAAAGAUUUGAGUCAAGGGUUCGUGUCAAAAGGGAGGGACACAACAAGCUCCUCGCUAACAUGGUUCCUUUGGCUCGUUAUCACCCACCCAGACGUCGAGAAAAAGAUUCGGGAGGAGAUAAAUGUGAUUAUCCCAACUUCUGAAAUGGGAAGUUUUAAACUUUUCGAUACAGAGGAAACUAACAAGUUGGUCUAUCUACAUGCUGCGUUUUGCGAAGCAUUAAGGCUAUACCCGCCUGUUCCAUUCCAGCAUAAGGCUCCUGUUCAACCCGAUGUUCUUCCUAGUGGCCAUCGUGUCUAUCCCAACAUGAAGAUUUUGUUUUCAUUGUAUGCGCUGGGGAGAAUGAAAAGAAUUUGGGGUAACGAUAGUCGAGAAUUUAAGCCGGAGAGAUGGAUCACCGACAAGCAGAUGAUAAGGCACGAGCCAUCGUACAAGUUCUUGUCAUUCAAUGCUGGCCCAAGAACUUGUAUUGGGAAACAAGUGGCAUUCGCUCAAAUAAAGGCCGUAGGUGCGACCAUUUUGCACAACUACAAGUUCGAAAUGGAGGAAGGUCACGUUGUGGCUCCUAACGUUUCAGUCAUUCUCUACAUGAAAUAUGGCCUCAAGGUUAGGGUUGCACGUAGACGGCCUUGAUCAUGGUGUAGUCGGUGAUUGAUUUUUAACCAUCGUUUUAAUAAAAAGGAGUAAAAAGAACACUUUGGUUAUUCACUUUAGAAAAAUUAUCAAAACAUAUGAUGUUUCAUUUGUAUAUUUGCAAAAACCAUAUAACUUCUACUGUAAAAUAUCAAAAUAAGUUGGUUCAAGAAGUCAAUCGCCGAUCCGAUAGAAUUUUAAGUCUAUACAAGAGAUAGCAAACUAGGUUAUAUGAUUCCAUAUUUGGUUUAGUGUGUAUAAAAUUGUGUAAUGUAGA